AUGACUUCGCCUUCCUCGAUCGACAAUCUCCCCGUCGAACUGCUUUCUUAUAUCUUCAUUCUCGGAACAUACACAAGCUCUAACGAAAAGCGGUGGUACGAAUUCGGCGAGGAAUGGGAUAUCCAUCGCUUCCGCACCGACCUGCCAACUACAGUGGCCCAGGUUUGCAGACAUUGGCGUCAAGUCGCAUUGUCUACGCUGGAGUUGUGGACCAACAUCUGCGUAACAAAGGCAGAUAUUGUCAAGAGCGAUGAAGAUCCUCGCUAUUCAGCGGGACAGUGGCCUGGGGACGCUAGGUCACCCCAGUCAUCACCGAUAGACAUUCUCAUAGAUGCCAGGGACCCGCAAUGGGACUUCACGGAGCCCGAAGGGUCGGAGGACCAGCUCAAUUGGAAGUCCUUCUUACCUGUAGAUGCGCGAGGAUCCCUAGCGUAUCUCUUGAAAUACGUCUCCAGAUGGCGUUCACUCAUCAUCCUCAGCGAUAUAUACGCGCCCAUGCACGCUAUUCUCGACUGCUUGAGCAAGCCUCACUUCAUCCAAACGUAUUCAGGUGCUUCAAAUCUAUCGAUUAUCGUUGCUCCUCUUUUGGAGUCUCUUACAUUCAUGCGGUGCAAUGAGUACGCAUGUUACUCGCCGAUAUUCUAUCCGGAGAACAUGCGAGACCCGGCUCCAUUGCCACUCGUCAUCUCGCAGCAGGACGGGAAUCUAUUCUCGUGUAUACCGAGAUUAAAGCGACUGCUUUUAUCGGGAGUGCACUUAGACUGGUCUCGCCUGCCGCCGCCGCCCGACACCCAUAUCCCGUCCCCGUGUGCCGCCAUCAAGACCCUGGAACUAUCUUACCACUGUCGAGACGUCAUGCCGAAGCUCCACCAGUUCGUCCGACUGCUGGAAGCAUGCCCGCAGUUAUCCAAGCUCAUCUUACAAGCUAGCGGUCCAAUUUGGGACCCAGAAAAUAUCGAGGACUCGGACAUACUGGAAUCACGCACCGUAGCACUCAGUAAUCUGAGGACCCUAUGCGUCGGAUACGUGGACUCGCACGUCUCGAUGCAAGUGUUGAAGAUGCUCGUAGCAAGGGAACUCGAGAAUCUGGAGCUGGAGGACGCCGGCCAUCCUAUCAGUUCUGGCGAAGACGACGCGACAGACCUCAUAAACUGGCUCGGAGGUACCAGAGAUAAUGGGAGCCUUCGCACAGAUGCGAUACCCUUUCCAGCUCUUGAGCAGCUGAGAUUGCGUCGCCUUCAACUGCAGCAAUCCGAGCCGCUGGCAAAUCUUCUCUCAAAGUUGCGGAACCUGCAAGCCUUAUCUAUCGACACUAUGUCACUACCGGCGAUUCAGUCACUAAAGCCACGGUCCAGUCCUCCAGCGGAAUCCAGACAUAUUUGCCCGAACCUCAAGAGGCUUCAUGUCACAGGCAUUCAGGAGCAGCUUGACGUGGUGGAGGAGAUCCUCGCAGAUCGAACUGCCGAGGGGCUUUUCCUGGAAGAGACGCGAUUGGAACUGUUCGGGCAGGGUAGGGAUAUAGGACAGGAGUGGGAGGCAGAUAUGAUGGCCCUCAGCAUGAGUGUCGGCGGUGAUAUGGACGUUUUCUUUGAUUCUGUCGAUAUGGGCAGCAUGAUUCCGAGCGAUGAGGAUGAGGACGAAGACGAGGAUGACGGUGAGCACGCUGGAGAGAACGCGAAGUCGAUCAAACCAUGGAAUGUUUCUCAGUUUUUUGAUUCAUGCUUCGUUGAUAGGAUCCGAUAUGUCGAUAUAGUCGGUGUCGAUGUUGUGCGCUAGUACGGUCGUUCUUGUCAGGGGAUGUACCUGUAAGUGAUGCUGAGCGUCCAAUGUUAAUGUAUACCU